AUGUUUGAAAGACUAGCAGAGAUAAAGAAAACAUGCAAAGACAAAAAGCAAAUUAACGAAAUAAUUAAGCAAGCCAUAGAAGUAAAGCAAAAGAGCAUAGAGUCGAAAGAAAAAUUGUUAGAGGUAAUGGACAUGUUAAUCAUCAACAGAAUAAACAUGGUAGAAGAAAUACAGUUUAUCGAAACAAGGAAUGCACUUUUAGAAAGUAAAAAUAAAGAGAAGAACUUUGAAGUCGAAAAUAUUAAGAAGCCGAAUACAUUUACAGACGCAUCAAAAACAGUAACUGACCUAAUAGAUUACUUUGAAAAAAGCGCACAAAUAAAAGAGCCCCGGCCUAAAUUGCAAUGA